GAUGAUGGUGAACAUUCAUCGGAUGGGAUGCUUGAUUUCAGCCUGGAGUUACUUCUGAACAAAUUAGAAGCCAUGGAACACAAAUUACAGAAAAUCGAGAACGAGAUGCUCGAAAAUCGAUCGAAGCAAGAGCAAAGUCAAAAAGAAAUGUUUACCGCGCUUAAGAAGUUCGAACAUCAAAUCGCGCUUAAUUUUAGUGAGCUGCAACAGCGAAUCGAAAAGAAGAUCAUUAACAACCAAUACAAACAACCUUCCGCUAGCUCGUGCAAGGAUAUACCAACGGACGUGUCGGGUGCAUAUAUGAUCGACUUAAAAAAUGUCGGUUUUAGUGUUCCAUUCAGAGUGUAUUGUGAACAGCAAGCGUUUGAUGGUGGAUGGAUCGUGAUCCAGUAUCGAUACGAUGGAUCACUGGAUUUUUACCGAGACUGGAAUGAGUUCCGCGAUGGUUUUGGUGAUUUGCAAAAGGAGUUUUGGCUGGGCCUUGAAAAAGUGCAUCAGAUAACGAAGGGUCGCAGGCAUGAAUUGAUGAUCGAAUUGAAAGACUUUGCCGGAACUUACAAGUACGCGCACUACCUUACGUUCGAAAUUGGUAGUGAGAGUGAAGAGUACAACCUUAAGAGGCUGGGAACGUAUAACGGAACUGCAGGAAAUGAAAUGGUGAUGAAUGAUGGUAGAAAGUUCACGACGAAAGAUAGGGAUAAUGAUGUGUACGAUGAAAACUGUGCACAGAUGUACCAAGGUGCCUGGUGGCAUAAGCAGUGUACCGCAGCGAAUUUGAAUGGUCUGUACAUUAAUACCAUCAAUAAAACAUCAAUGCAUUGGUAUGAUUUCAAAAAAGGCCGCCAUGGAUUGAGCUAUUCCGGAAUGAUGAUCAGGGAGCUGGAUUAA